GUACCCGGCACGGACAUGCUCUGUGGCCUUGGGCAGGUGCUGACCCUCUCUGGGCCUGGUCGAGGCCCCCUGAGAUGGGCACUUUAGCCGCUUCCUGGCUGCACAGAUGGGCUGGACGUGAGCCCCAGAGGAGACGGGGUUGGGGGCGACUGUGCAAACUGGGAACUCAGGUGCUGGCCCUGUGAAGGGAUUACGACGUUUCAGCAGCCAAAGAUGCGUGACCUUGGUCUCUGGGGCUGAGGCUGUCUCAGGCACGGGUGGGCCGGGCCCGGGAUGGAGGGAUCUCAGCCGUGGGCCUGCGCCAGGACUGCUGCUGCAGAGCGGGUGCCGUGGGCGCGGGUGCCGUGGGCGGAGGUCCAGGAGGUCCGGGCCGGGUCCCUGCUGCCUCUGUGAGCAGGGAGAGCGACGUCCCCUACAGGCCUCCGUCUCCCCAUCUGCGGGGACUGGCGGGCUUGUAGCUGCAUCUUGCUCUGCUGUUUUCAGCUGCCCCGGAAGCCUGUCUGCGAUGGUCCGGGUGGACCCUCAGCAGUGGCAAAGCGCCAGUAUGCCCACCUGGGGGCGGGCGGGGUCAGGAGGCCCAGGGUUCCCGGCAGGGCCCGCGCAAGGACAGAGCCCGGAGUCCCUGGCUGUGUGCACGGGCCCAUGCAGCUCGCGCUGGCUGGGCACCCUCCCUCCCGCUGCCUUCAUGGGGCACCAGAGGGUCUCGGCCAGGCUCCUGGGAUGAGAGGCGCUGUCCGUGCAGGGUCAGAGCUGCCCAGCAGCUGUGUGGCCUAGGCCUGGGGCACAGCCCUCUCUGAGCCUUUGGUGACGGAUGGCUGCGUGGGGCUGGGUAAGGCUGGGCGGGAUCCCUGGCGGGUCUGGACCCGCAGUGAGGGUGGGGAGCUCAGGGGCUGCCUUCUUGCCCCCUAGCAAUGGCAAGGGCCCCGCCACCUCCCUCGGGCAUCUGCUGCUCCCUCCACUCCGCUCAGCACCCCGGAAGAGCGAAGGGGUCACAGGGGUGAGGCCACUCCCCAUGCACACGGCAGCGAUGGGUAGUGGGGUCCCUGCUCUGCCUGGCCUGAGGCUGCUGGGACCGAUUGUUGCCGUGGAAACCACCUGCCGAGGACAGGGAGGCGACAGCAGCCAGCGCUGGGAUCCCCGACGCCCUGGGGGGCUGCACCAAGGAGGUGUCACCUGGGUGUGUUGGGGGGGUCCCCUGGUGGACGGGAAGGAAUGCAGGAGCAGGGGUCUGGGAGCGAGAAGAUAUGCUGGGGCGGGGAGCGGCUUCCCAAGCCAGCAGCAGAUCUGGUCAUGGGGCUUGGGCAGGUGCAGCAGCGAGGCCGGGCUUCCCGGGCACCGGGUGCCGUGGGGUGGGCAGUUCCAAGCGGAGGCCCCGCGGCCUCUUGUGUGUCAGGAGCGUGAAGCCCGGGGGGGGCAGCCUGGUCCUGGGGCUCAGCCUCGGGUCCCACUGAGUCCCCUGGGCCUGACCCGCUGGGGAUACCUGCAAUGCAGACUCAUCACCACCGGGGGGCGGCAGAGUGCCACUUAGCGAGCAGGGGGAGCCGCCUGGGUGCCGCAGGUGAGCUCCACUUUACUGAUGAGGAAACCGAGGCUCAGAGGGUGCUGUGGUCCCCUGAAGUCACACAGCAAGGUAGGUGAUGUCAGGGACUGGGACCUGGGGGUCCACUCCAGGGCUCCUGGGCAGCUGCGGAGGUGCUGGGGGGCCCUGGCUGGGCACGUGGUGGGUGCAGGGUAGACAGAGCCCCCGAAAGUCAUCAGGUCCCAGGCACGAGGCCAGCCCAGUGGGAUGUCCAUGCCAUCUGCAGAGCCUGGCACCGUCUGGGCGGGACGGCAGGGACGCAUCCUUGGGGCCAUGGCCGUUGACCAGGCCCUGCAACUGGAGUCAGGAGGCUGAACAGGAUGGGCUUGGGGGACCCCCGGAGCAUCCCUGGGGCCCAGGUGGGUCUGGCUGCCCCACUACCUGGUGCUGUAGAGGCUGCCCGGCCCCACCCACCUGGGUGGCCCCCCCACCUGCAAAGCAUACAGCCAACCAGCGGCCCAGCUGGACGGAAGCCCAGGUGUGCAGGGUUCCCAGAGUCAUCCGCUCCUGCAGGAGGCGCUCAGUGCACGUCAGAGGCUUUUUCCAACAACCGAUGGAGGCACCCGUGGUCGGGCAGCUCAUCCGUCCUCCCAGGGCUGUGUCCUUAGCACCUGGAACAGUGCCUGGCACGUGGCAGGAGCCUAACAAACACUUGUUGAGCCCUCACCACCCCCCUAGAAGGGGCACAGCCAGAGGCCGGGGUCCCGGAUCCUCCUGCUGCUGCAGACCUGGCCCUUCCGGGCUGUCUCCUUCCCCUGGGGCCCCCUCACCCCGCGGCUGCUUUGGCUCUUGCGUGCCUGCUGGGCUGGAGCUUGGACUCCUGGGCCCGCUCCCUUCCCUCCCCUGCCGCCCGGGGACCCCUCCCAGCGCACGCCUUUGAGCAGGUGGCUGUGGUAGGGCCUGGGAGCUCCCCCUGUCUGCCUGUGCACCCAGGUGUGCCCUGAGGAACGACAGCCUCCAUCCAGGGCUGCGCUAAGGAGGUCUCCCGGGUGGGCCGGGAGCACCAGUGAUGGCAGAGCGAACGCCAGCCCAUCACGUUGUUAAUAAAGAAUAUCACACACACCUUCAUCCGCAGCCCGCCCGGCACUUAUAAAGCACAUUAGGAUGUAAUCCGAUUGCAACUGCAAUAUCGAGAGCAUCUUAUCUUAUCACAAAUUGAAAUUGUAUCAUAUUCCUCUUUUCUUAAAUUAAAAAGCUAAAACCCUUUCCUUCGCUCUCAACACGGUUGUGUAAAACUUAA